GGUGGGGGUGUUAUCUUUGGUGCAAAGAGAAAAAGAAGAGAGGGGUGCAGAAGCGGGAUUUCUGAGGAGCGGGGCUCGUUGGGACGAAUUUUCUUGCGUCUCUCCGUUUGCUUUUGAAAGUUGAAGCGAGUUUCGUCAGCCAUUGGACCAGAGAUGGCACAGCGGAGUGGUAUGGAGGAUCCAGAGCGGUACCUGUUUGUGGACCGGGCCGUGGUCUACAAUCCAGCAACGCAGGCUGAUUGGACGGCUAAGAAGCUCGUAUGGAUCCCCUCUGAGCGACAUGGCUUUGAAGCAGCCAGCAUCCGGGAGGAGCGGGGAGAUGAGGUGCUUGUUGAGCUGGCUGAGAACGGCAAGAAAGCCAUGGUCAACAAGGAUGACAUCCAGAAGAUGAACCCACCCAAGUUCAGUAAGGUUGAGGACAUGGCAGAGCUUACUUGCCUAAAUGAGGCGUCUGUGCUGCACAACCUCAAGGACCGUUACUACUCCGGUCUCAUCUAUACGUACUCUGGGCUUUUUUGUGUCGUCAUCAACCCCUACAAAAACCUACCCAUUUACUCAGAGAAUAUCAUUGAAAUGUAUCGGGGCAAGAAGCGCCAUGAAAUGCCCCCACACAUCUAUGCCAUCUCAGAAUCUGCUUACAGGUGCAUGCUCCAAGAUCGAGAGGACCAGUCCAUUCUUUGCACAGGAGAAUCUGGUGCUGGAAAGACAGAGAACACCAAGAAAGUUAUCCAGUACCUGGCUCAUGUAGCAUCUUCGCACAAAGGACGGAAGGAUCACAACAUUCCUCCUGAAUCGCCUAAACCAGUGAAACUCCAGGGUGAGCUGGAACGCCAGCUUCUGCAAGCGAACCCAAUUCUGGAAUCCUUUGGCAAUGCCAAAACAGUGAAAAAUGACAACUCUUCGCGAUUCGGGAAGUUCAUCCGGAUCAACUUUGAUGUCACCGGUUACAUUGUUGGAGCCAACAUCGAAACCUACCUCCUGGAAAAGUCAAGAGCCAUUCGACAGGCAAAGGAUGAGCGCACGUUCCACAUCUUCUACCAGCUGCUAGCCGGGGCUGGGGAACACUUGCGGUCUGAUCUGCUCCUAGAAGGAUUUAACAACUACCGCUUUCUGUCCAAUGGCAACAUUCCCAUUCCUGGACAGCAGGACAAGGACAACUUCCAGGAGACAAUGGAGGCCAUGCACAUCAUGAGCUUCUCACAUGAUGAAAUCUUGUCAAUGCUCAAGGUAGUGUCGGCAGUGCUGCAGUUUGGCAAUAUUGUUUUCAAGAAGGAGAGGAACACAGACCAGGCCUCCAUGCCCGAGAAUACAGCUGCGCAAAAACUGUGCCAUCUGUUGGGAAUGAAUGUGAUGGAGUUCACACGUGCUAUACUGUCCCCAAGAAUUAAGGUUGGCAGAGACUAUGUCCAGAAAGCACAGACCAAAGAGCAGGCGGACUUUGCAGUUGAAGCCCUCGCUAAGGCCACAUAUGAAAGGCUAUUCCGCUGGCUUGUCCACCGCAUCAACAAAGCUCUCGACAGGACCAAACGUCAGGGGGCCUCUUUCAUCGGUAUCCUGGACAUUGCUGGCUUUGAGAUCUUCCAGCUAAACUCCUUUGAGCAGCUCUGCAUCAACUACACAAAUGAGAAGCUGCAGCAGCUCUUCAAUCACACAAUGUUCAUCCUGGAGCAGGAGGAAUACCAGCGAGAGGGCAUUGAGUGGAGCUUUAUUGAUUUUGGGCUCGACCUGCAGCCCUGCAUAGACCUCAUUGAGAGGCCGGCCAAUCCACCUGGUGUUCUGGCCCUUCUGGAUGAGGAGUGCUGGUUUCCCAAGGCCACAGACAAGACCUUUGUGGAGAAACUGGUGCAAGAGCAGGGCACUCACCCCAAGUUCCAGAAGCCCCGGCAACUGAAGGAUAAAGCAGACUUCUGCAUAAUCCACUAUGCCGGCAGGGUGGACUAUAAAGCUGAUGAGUGGCUGAUGAAGAACAUGGAUCCUCUAAACGACAAUGUGGCCACACUCCUGCACCAGUCAGCGGACAAGUUUGUAGCCGAGCUGUGGAAGGAUGUGGACCGCAUUGUUGGCUUGGACCAGGUGGCAGGAAUGAAUGAGACCACCUUUGGAGCCACUUACAAGACCAAGAAGGGCAUGUUCCGCACAGUGGGUCAGUUGUACAAGGAGUCACUCACCAAGCUGAUGGCCACGUUGAGGAAUACCAACCCCAACUUUGUCCGCUGCAUCAUCCCCAACCAUGAGAAGAGGGCUGGUAAGCUGGACCCUCAUCUUGUUUUGGACCAGCUGAGGUGCAAUGGUGUCUUGGAAGGAAUCAGAAUUUGUAGGCAGGGCUUUCCAAACCGGAUCAUCUUCCAGGAGUUCAGACAGAGAUACGAAAUCCUGACUCCUAACGCAAUCCCCAAGGGCUUCAUGGAUGGCAAACAAGCUUGCGAGAGGAUGAUCCGAGCCCUGGAGUUGGACCCAAACCUAUUCCGGAUUGGACAGAGCAAGAUAUUCUUCAGAGCUGGGGUUCUGGCACAUCUGGAGGAGGAGCGGGACCUAAAGAUCACAGACAUCAUAAUCUACUUCCAGUCUGUCUGUCGUGGCUACUUGGCUCGCAAAGCUUUUGCUAAGAAGCAGCAGCAGCUCAGUGCUCUAAAAGUGCUGCAGAGGAACUGUGCUGCUUACCUGAAGCUACGUCACUGGCAGUGGUGGAGACUUUUCACUAAGGUGAAGCCACUGCUGCAGGUCACCAGGCAGGAGGAGGAGAUGCAGGCCAAGGAUGAGGAGCUGGUCAAGGUGAAGGAGAGACAGAGCAAGGUUGAGAAUGAAUUGGUGGAAAUGGAGAGAAAACACCAGCAGGUCCUGGAGGAAAAGAACAUCCUUGCAGAGCAGCUGCAGGCAGAAACUGAGUUGUUUGCUGAGGCAGAAGAGAUGCGUGCUCGUCUAGCUGCAAAGAAACAGGAGCUAGAAGAAAUCUUGCAUGACCUUGAGGCUCGUGUGGAGGAAGAAGAAGAGCGCAACCAAAGCUUGCAGAAUGAGAAGAAAAAGAUGCAGACACAUAUCCAGGACCUGGAGGAGCAGCUGGAUGAAGAGGAGGCUGCCAGGCAGAAGCUGCAGCUUGAGAAAGUGACAGCUGAAGCUAAGAUUAAGAAGAUGGAGGAGGACAUCUUGCUGUUAGAAGACCAGAACUCCAAGUUUACAAAGGAGAAGAAGCUUUUAGAGGACCGUGUGAGUGAGAUGACAUCACUUCUUGCUGAGGAGGAGGAGAAGGCCAAGAAUUUAGGAAAGCUGAAGAACAAGCAGGAGAUGAUGAUGGUUGACCUAGAAGAGCGCCUUAAAAAGGAGGAGAAAACAAGGCAGGAACUGGAGAAGGCCAAGAGGAAACUAGAUGCAGAAACCACUGACUUGCAGGACCAAAUUGCUGAGCUUCAGGCUCAGAUAGAGGAGCUGAAGCUCCAGCUGGCAAAGAAGGAGGAAGAGCUGCAGGCUGCAUUGGCCAGGGGUGAUGAGGAGGUAGCCCUGAAGAAUAAUGCCCUGAAGCAGGUGCGGGAGCUGCAGGCACAGUUGGCUGAGCUGCAAGAGGAUCUGGAGUCAGAGAAGGGAGCUCGCAACAAGGCUGAGAAGCUGAAGCGGGACCUCAGUGAGGAGCUGGAAGCCCUGAAGACAGAGCUAGAGGACACAUUGGACACCACUGCUGCCCAGCAGGAGCUCAGGACCAAGCGUGAGCAGGAAGUGGCAGAACUAAAGAAGGCCAUUGAUGAGGAGACAAAGAACCACGAGGCCCAGAUCCAGGAUAUGCGACAGAGGCAUUCUGCAGCCCUGGAGGAGCUGGCUGAGCAGCUGGAGCAGGCCAAAAGGUUGAAAUCCAACCUGGAAAAAAACAAGCAGACUCUGGAAGGUGAUAACAAGGAGCUGGUUAAUGAGGUGAAGAGCCUGCAGCAGGCCAAGGCCGAAUCUGAGCACAAGAGGAAGAAACUGGAGGGACAGCUGCAAGAGUUAAUGGCCCGGGCAACCGAGGGCGAGAGGACCAAGGCCGAACUGGUCGACCGCACCCACAAGCUGCAGGCUGAGUUGGAUAAUGUGUCUGCACUGCUGGAGGAUGCUGAGAAGAAGGGAAUUAAGAUGGCCAAGGAUGCAUCCAGCUUGGAGAGCCAGCUGCAGGAUACUCAGGAGCUUCUUCAGGAGGAGACACGCCAGAAGCUAAAUCUGAGCAGUCGCAUCCGGCAGCUGGAGGAGGAAAAGAACACUCUCCAGGAGCAACAAGAGGAGGAAGAGGAAGCACGCAAGAACCUGGAGAAGCAGCUGUCCACCUCGCAGGCCCAGCUGGUUGAGACCAAGAAGAAGCUAGAUGAUGAUGUUGGGAUGAUGGAAGGGCUAGAGGAGUUGAAGAAGAAGCUGCAGAAGGACAUGGAGUGUGCCAGUCAGAAGCUGGAUGAGAAAGCCAUCGCUUUUGACAAGAUGGAAAAAACCAAAAACAGACUUCAGCAGGAGUUGGAUGACCUGCUAGUAGAUCUAGACCAUCAGAGGCAAAUUGUCCAAAACCUGGAGAAGAAGCAAAAGAAGUUUGACCAGAUGCUAGCAGAAGAAAAGAACAUCUCGGCACGCUAUGCUGAAGAGCGGGACCGGGCUGAAGCAGAGGCCCGAGAAAAGGAGACCAAGGCCCUGUCACUGGCUCGUGCUCUGGAGGAGGCACUGGAGGCCAAAGAAGAGUUUGAGAGACUCAACAAGCAGCUGCGCACAGAGAUGGAGGACCUCAUGAGUUCUAAAGAUGAUGUUGGCAAGAAUGUUCAUGAGCUGGAGAAAUCUAAGCGCACCUUGGAGCAGCAGGUGGAGGAGAUGCGCACUCAGCUGGAGGAGUUGGAGGAUGAGCUGCAGGCCACUGAGGAUGCCAAGCUGAGGCUGGAAGUCAACAUGCAAGCUAUGAAGGCCCAGUUUGAGAGAGACCUGCAGGGCCGUGAUGAGCAGAACGAAGAGAAGAAGAGGAUGCUGGUCAAACAGGUGCGGGAAAUGGAGGCUGAGCUUGAGGAUGAGCGGAAACAGAGAGCCCUUGCUGUGGCUGCCAAGAAGAAAAUGGAGAUGGAUCUAAAGGAUCUGGAAGCCCAGAUCGAAGCAGCUAAUAAGGCUCGUGAUGAAGCCAUCAAGCAGCUUCGCAAGCUCCAGGCACAGAUGAAGGACUAUCAAAGAGAGCUGGAGGAGGCCCGUGCCUCCCGUGAUGAGAUUUUUGCUCAGUCCAAGGAGAACGAGAAGAAGCUCAAGAGUUUAGAAGCAGAGAUUCUCCAGCUCCAAGAGGAUCUGGCAGCAUCAGAGAGGGGUCGGCGCCACGCAGAGCAGGAGCGGGACGAGCUGGCUGAUGAGAUCGCAAACAGCGCUACGGGCAAAUCAGCUCUGCUGGAUGAGAAGCGGAGACUGGAGGCUCGUAUUGCCCAACUGGAAGAGGAGUUGGAGGAGGAGCAGAGUAACAUGGAGCUGCUCAAUGAUCGAUUCCGCAAGACCACCAUGCAGGUGGACACGUUGAAUACGGAGCUGGCAGGAGAGCGCAGUGCAGCCCAGAAGAGCGAGAAUGCACGGCAGCAACUGGAGCGCCAGAACAAGGAGCUCAAGGCCAAGCUGCAGGAACUGGAGGGGACGGUGAAGAGCAAGUUCAAGGCCACCAUUGCUGCCCUGGAGGCCAAGAUUGCCCAGCUGGAGGAACAGCUGGAACAAGAAGCUAAAGAAAGGGCUGCAGCCAACAAGGUUGUGCGUCGCACAGAGAAGAAGCUCAAGGAGGUGAUCAUGCAGGUGGAGGAUGAGCGUCGCCAUGCUGACCAGUACAAAGAGCAGAUGGAGAAAGCAAACUCGAGGAUGAAGCAGCUGAAGAGGCAGCUGGAGGAGGCAGAGGAGGAAGCGACACGCGCCAACGCCUCCCGCAGGAAGCUGCAGCGGGAACUGGAAGAUGCCACUGAGGCCAGCGAGGGCUUAAGCCGGGAGGUCCACACACUUAAGAAUCGCUUGAGGCGAGGAGGUCCCAUCAGCUUCUCAUCGAGUCGUUCUGGACGCCGACAGCUCCAGAUUGAGGGCGCAUCGCUGGAGCAGUCGGAUGACGACGCGGACAGCAGGACCAGCGACGUGAAUGAAACGCAAGCUGGGCUGACGGAAUAGAGGCUUCAGGCUGGCCAGCGUCCAGCAGCGCCUAGGUUUCCCCUCCUCACCCCAGACAGCCCACCCUGAGAUGCCAGUGCUGCAGGGAUGCCACCCACUUCCCUGGGGGCCACAACUCUGCCUUACACUACCCUGGCAAGCUGCAAAGCUGAGCAUGUCUCUGAUCUCUUGCGUCUUAAUAUAGCCGUAGCCUUCACAUAAUGUAUUCUGCUUUGGAGAAUAGUAGGUACAAGUGCAUUUUACAUGAACUUUGGUUGUGUGUGUGUACACGCACGCACAUGUGCAUAAAUACCAUGCACAUUGUCUAACAAUGAAAGGAAUAUUUUCUUUUUUCCUCACCGAUAAGCAACGUAAAGCCAUUUGCUAGCUAAGUCUGCCUCCUGGGCACUCUUCUUCUGUUGAACGAUAGUCCUUUUCAAAGGCCGAUAAUUAGCACAACUGUAAAAACGGUAUUUAGACAUUCUGAAUGGGACUGGAAAAUUCAAACUGUGAAAACCAAUUUGAUAGGUGUUUUUUCUU